AGCAGGCACUUUCUGUUGCGGAACUUGUUCAUCUCGUUAAAUACGACCAUCUCGAACCGGAGCCGGCUGAGCAGGAACAGGAGCGCUGCAGGGAAGGCGAGGAAAGCGGAACAGAAAGCUCGACCAGCCGCUAAUAUAUAGUAAAAUGUCGCCCAGCACAAAAAUCGACCUAAAUCAGGUUGCGUAUUUUCUCAUCACCGGCGCGUCGCGAGGCAUUGGACAACGUAUGGCAAUCGAAACGUCCCGCAAAUUUGAGCCAGGCUCGGUAGUGGUGUUGUUGGCUCGAUCUGCUACCGGACUGGAAUCAACAAGGGCGGAAAUAUUGGACGUCAAUCCGCAUAUUACCGUAGUUACCAGCUCGGUGGACCUGAACAACGCCUCGAAACAGUUGCUAGAGGAUAUAAUUGAAAAAUCACUGGCCAAGACGCCUGUGAGUAACUUCCAGCUUGCGACUGUCAUCCACAACGUGGGCACUGUUGGCAAUGUGGAGCGCAAGGCAAUCGAUAUGGAUGAUCGCCAGGAGUGGGAGAAUUAUUUUGCUACCAAUCUGUUUAUGGUGGGUGUUCUAAAUAGUUGCUUCCUCCGCAAGUUCCAGAAGUGUACCAAUAAGCUGGUUGUUAAUGUAACCUCCAAGGCAUGUUUGGCACCCUUCAAGAGCAUGGGAUUCUACUGUGCUGGAAAGGCUGCUCGAGAGAUGUACUUCAAAGUACUAGCGACGGAAGAAAGCGAUCUUGUAGUGCUGAACUACUCUCCAGGUCCCGUUGAUACCGAUAUGACCAUUGAUAUUCAAGGACGGUCCAAUGCAGAAGAAUUGCGCGACUACUUCAAAGGCCUCCGCGAAACAACGACUAUUCUCACCACAUACCAAACCACUGAGAAAUUUCUCAGUGUUCUGGAUGCCGGACAAUUUGAAUCUGGAGAUCACGUUGAUUAUUACGAUUGAAACCAUUCCAUUUAUUAUGCUUCAUUGUUCUGGUUGCCGGUGUCCAUAUUUUAUAUAGUUAAUCCAAAUAAAUGAACAAUGUAAUUGAAAGUAAAUAA